GAGUAUACUUAUUGUUACUGUAAUUGUAAACUUGUUUUGUGUUCAGCUGCCUUUCUGGAAUCUCUGGUUCACCAUCAUAUCAACAUUCAGUAUGCUGCCUCUACUGAUGAAAGACGGAUUACUUGUCCCUUACAUUUCCACCACUUUGUUAUACAUCAUCAUAAGUCGCAGUACAACUCCGGUAUUCGUGUUGCCGAGCGAGGAAUAUAGACUACAACGUCGCUUACAAAAGUUUACCUUUUACUGGUCGAUGUUUGGAGUGAUUGCCCUGACAGCGCUGUCCGUAUUUGCCACGCCUCCGCCCAAACUUCCCGAUCUCCUCCCUGUAUUGGUUUCCGUGUACUCCUGUUCUCACUUCCUCCUCUUUCUCGUUUAUUUCCACGUCAGACAGUUCCAGUGUAAAGACUCAGAGACGAUGGACACCUCACACACUCCGUAUACCCAGCUCAAAAAGAAACAGUAGCCAAAAAUAUUCCUUGUUAUAAUUGCUUGUUUUAAUUCAGGUUUGUUCACCUCAGAAUUGUUUCCUGGUUUUGGGUAUUAGUAACUAUAGCCAUAGUUUUCUCAGUGACUUCUGUAUGGAUCGAACCCCAGGUCCUGGGCAUACUGGACUAUAGCCCUACUAAAUGAGAUAUAGAGAAAUUUACCAAAGUCUGUAGAAAGAUUUUAAGUUGUUACAAUUAUGUCACUCAUUCCAGGGUUAGCAGUAAUGCUUGUGAUAGCAACUGAAGACUGAAUAUUUUUGCAAUGUUUCUUGAGUCUGGCAUGGAGGCUAAUGUAACAGAGUGCAUUAUUUUGUUGAUGUCUCUCAUGGGGAGAAACAUUACAGCAGUCAUUUUUUAACAGAUAAACAAAGAGCAAAGUUUAAAAGAUCCUACAAUGUAGAGUACUCAUUCAAAUUGUUGUUUGUUUGCUGGGAUUAUCGCCCUGUGAAUAUAGGGUCCUUUUGAGGCAGGGUCUCCUUGUAGUAGUUGGUGACUACCUCAAUUAUCAAUGUAAGGGAGGCCCGUCAUUUGCCAUCAGCAAUAAGGGUAAAGUGUAUUGCCCAAGCACACAACCAAGACAGCACAGAUCGGCCCAUUUCAAAGCUUCCAGAGAAACACAAACUGACACAUGUGUAAGCGUCAAACUGUAUUGUACCUGGGAUCUUCACCUGAGUUCGUGUGGUCGGUGCUCUAAUGGACUGAGCUAUCAGUAUGGCCUUAACUGUACUCCAAAAGUGCCUUAUUAUAAACUUGCUCAGGAACCAAUAUUACAACUCAUUCCAAGCCUGUAUUUGUUUUGUAGUUUAACGCAAUGGCUACACAAAGCCCACUUUGCUCCUUAUUGAAUAUCUGCCAAGUGCUUGAUAUUUGUGAGUAUUUUUUUUAUGAAAUUUAUGAUUCAUCAGAUUUUUUCAUUUUAUUUUUUAAUGCUUUUUUAUUCAAAUAAAACUAGACAAAUUCAUUAAUAGUCCAUCAAGGUUGGGUUAUUAUGUGAAAACGUGGACAUAUUUAUCCACAAACAACCCCCAUUCAUCUGUCAAAUCAUUAUUUUUAGCUCACCUGGCCAAAAUUAAUAUAAUAUGGUACUGAAUUUUUACAAUAGGGGAGGGGGUAUUAUUUGAGGAUUAAUGUGGUAAGUUAUAUGAAACUAUGAAAUCAAGAGAUAAAAACCAAGAAAUAUUAAAAAUAAUUAAAAAAAAAGAUAUUCUGAAGUUGGGAUGGAUGAGAAUAAAAAAAGGAAUCAAAUUUAUCUGUUAAACUCUGAAAAUCUGUAAAUAACAGACAAAUGUACACAUGUACUGUAUUUAUCCUCAAAUAAUUAAGCUGUCCCUCCCCUUGUGUAAAAGUUUGGUAUUUAAUUUGAAGUAUUUUUAAUUGACAAUUCUGCAAAAUAAAAAAAAUGAAGACUGGGUUUAUUUUGAGCGAGGGGCUGAUAAAUGCAAUAUAUUGACAUUGCACGACAAUGCUGAAGAGUAAACAUGAUGAGAAAAAAAAAGAGUGCAAAUUGAAUCCCUGUAAAUGUCAGCUAUAUUUUUCAUGUUAUGACGUCAUAAUUGUAACAGUGACGACUUAGGCAAAAUGGCUGUUCCAUAAAGAUGAUGCUGAAGAGAAUAAAUAAAUGCGGCACAUUUAUUUGAAUAAAUAAAUGCAGCACAUUUAUUUUCAUAUUUAAUGCUUUAAUAUGUUAAUGUCUGGUUCAAGUUUAGUCAUAUUGAAUAAAAACACAACAAUUUCA